AAACAGCUGUUUGUCUUCUGAGAAAUAUUUUUAAAAGUUUCUUCUGAGAAACUCUAAUAAUUUAAAUAAUUAUGGCAUUUGUACAGACAGAAGAGCAAAACACAUUUAAUCCAAGAAAUCCACACGGCUUAGGUGACCCAGAUGACAGAAAUUUGCGUAAAGUUGAAAUUGAAGUUCUAAUACCAAAAAUUAUGCGUGACCGGGCAAGAGAUCUAUAUUGCAGUAAGGAAGUAAAGGAGUUCGAAAACUGUUGCAAGGACAACAGUUUGGCUAUGGUGUUUACGUGUCGGAAACAAAAUAGCGAACUAAAAGCCUGUCUCACCAACUGGUAUCAGAACGAAGCAUUCAAAGCGGAGUGUAGGGAAAUAUAUCUACAAGAGCGUUCCGAAUAUCGACGCACUGGCAUACCAAAGAAACAUCGUGUGGCUCGGAUGUAAUAUUUUAUUGAGUUGAUCACUUUUAAAGCAUUGCUCUUAUAAUCAAUUAUGAAUGAUUUUUAUAUGAAUGCAUUCUGUUCGUCAGUAGCUAUUGCAUUGGAAUAAGCAAUCCUUACUUGUUAUCGUAUUGUUAACUUGUACAUACUUGAGACUUUAAAGUAAAUAAAGUUUUAUAUUUA